AUCACAGUCUACGUCAAGGGUCGUCACCUUUCUUACCAGCGUGGUAAGCGUAACACCAACCCUGACGUCUCCCUCAUCAAGAUCGAGGGUUGCGACACCAAGGAGGAGUCUCAGUUCUACCUCGGUAAGAGGAUCGCCUACGUCUACAAGGCCAAGACCGAGAUUAGGGGUACCAAGAUCAGGGUUAUCUGGGGUCGCGUCACCCGUCCUCACGGUAACUCCGGUCUCGUCCGUGCCAAGUUCAGGAACAACCUCCCUCCCCGUACUUUCGGUGCCUCUGUUCGCGUGAUGUUGUACCCUUCUUCCAUCUAA